AUUCGCCCUCGCCACCGCCACCGCCACCGCCACCCCUCGCCGCCGCCGCCGAUCCGCGCCGCCACCGCCAUGCCGGCCGCCGCGGACCCCGCGCCUCCGACGCCACCGCCGCCUCCUCCCCCGAGCCUGGACCUGCGGACGGGCGGGCGGAUCCUGCGGCGGGCGGCGGCGCACUCCCUCCGCCCGCGCUCCCUCCCGCCGCUCCUCCUCGCGGCGCUCCUCCUCGUCCUCUUCCGCCUGGCGCUCGUCGCCGGCACGCUCCGCCUCGCCUCCUUCGCCGACCACGACCCGGCGCUCCGGUCCCUCCUCUCCCGCCUCUCCCCGCCCGCGCCGCACGCCCCGCCGCACCCGCCCCCGCGCCACCUCCCGCGCCGCCGCUCCCCGUUCACCUCCUCCUCCUCGUCCCCCCCUUCCCUCUCUGACGACGACUUCCUCGUCGGGACCCUCGAUCCCGCCUCCUCCGCCCCCUCCCGACGCCGCAACGCCUCCUAUUACGAGUUUCUCUUCACUCCCUCCUCCUCCUCCUCAUCGCCCAAACCCUACCCCUUGUCGCUCCCCCACCGCCUCCCUUCCACCGCGAUCCCGUUCACCUUCGUUGUCCGUAACGAGACCUCGCCGCCGAAGCCCGCCGCGGGGCGAGACGGCGGCAGUGAGCUCCGGUUGCUCGACCUGACCAGGCGUGACGCCGUGGCCAUCAUCAACCUCCUCGCGAUGCUUUCGUCCGUGCACGUGCUCGCGAUCCUCGGCUACAUCACCGUUCACUCCGUAGCUCUGGGCACCGUGUUCGCGUCUGUCGCCGGGCAGCACUUGCAGGGGCGGCCGCGGCGGUGGUUCCAUUUCUCUGGUAUGGCUUUCAGGGUGAGACGGCUCACUGGGUUUGCGUUCCUGCGGUGGGCGACGCGGGACGCGAUCGUGCAGAUGCUCUGCCUCUGGUUCUUCUCCGAGGUGCACGACCAGGCGCAGCUGUUCAGGCUCUUUGUCGUCGCCAAGCUCAUGCCCUUUUCAGCAUCUGUCAACCCGUGGCUCGCUGCGACCGUUGGAGGGCCAGAGCUUGAUGGGUUCUUCAUUGCGUGGGCUCUCCUUGAUGCGGUCGUCUCGGUGCUUUUCACCGUGGUGCCAUGGGUGAUUGUUAUGGACCGUGAUCCACGACCGCCUGGUCGCAAUGCUGUGAAGGAAGGAUGCUACCUUGUGUCAUUGAUGGCAACUGAUGCCACUUUGAUCAAAUGCUGGCAAACAGUGGUAUGCGGCAGCAUGGGACAGCUUGCCAUGGUUACACUUGGUGGGAAGGUUCUUGGCGGAUUUCUCCACUCAAUCGGAGAGGUGUACUUCAUGGUGGUGUGGCUGAUGUUCUACUUUUCAGCAAGGUGUAAGGAGGUUCGGUUGGGGGGCCGCCAUUUUGGAUUGGAGGAUGUGGCAGCUGCUCUUGAUGGGUUCAGGCAAUAGCAUGUUGACAGUUGCAGCAUUACUUUUUCAGUGGGAAGAGGUAUAUUUCAUGCCUCAUAAUGCUCAUUCAUGCCGCAUUGCUGGUCUUGGUGGAGUCGCAAUUUCGUAGUUCUCUUAAUCUUCCAAAUUGUGCUAUGAUGUUCUGAUUCGGAUGAGGGAGAGAGAACUUGGCAAUGCUUGUAUAUACAGUUUUUGUCCUAUGGGGGUAAUCAUGUAUAGUGACACCAUUUGGCACACAAGAAAGGUUGUCUUGUUCCUUUUUCCAUCGGAGGUGAGAUGCCUUGUGAUAGAGGAUGUAGAUCCAAGAUGAUGAUAGCGAGAUUUAUACAGUCCUAUGGUGUAGUAGCAGAAUUAUCUUGAGUGAUUUUUGGGAUGGAAACUCUUGGUGCUUCAAGUUCACACGCUGUUGACACUAUGUUGAUAUCCUUUGUUUUUCUUCUUUUGUUGUGUGAGCAACUUUGUCUAUAACUUCAUUUCAAUAACCCUUUAACUUUCUUUUCAACGAAGUUGCUAGGCCAUUGCUGAGUUUUCUUUUAAUGGCCCAGUUCUUUUUUGGGUCCUGGUUCUACUAGUCUGCCAUUAUUUGUCUCUUCAAUUGAUACGAUAUAAAUUUAUCACA